AAAUUCUAUCGAUGCUCUCAAUGCUCCUACAAAACCGACCGAAAGAACAAUUUGAAGCGCCAUUUGCUGACUAUGCACGAACCGGGUUAUCCGUGUGCUGUGUGCGAUCGCAAGUUCAGCAGGAAAGCUCUUAUGAAGCGACAUUCAGUUGUUCACGAGAGCAGACGAGAAUACAAUUGCCUGUUGUGCAACUAUUCAACUAGUCACAAAAGCAACCUAGAUAGACAUGUGAAG